ACGCCGCUGGACUUGACGCAGUAUGGCAACUGGCAGCCUAUGAUCCACCCCCACGAGCCCAUAGACGAAGACAAGCUCUCGCUGAUUCUUCAGACUCUUCAGUUCCACACCCUCAGCCUCGAGCGAAGCCAGGGAAACCAGCGGGACCCGGUGAAUUUUUUGCGGAUUCCGCAAAGUUUGUUUCAGUUCGACCUUCGAGUUCUUCCAAAUGUAAAUAAUUUAUUUAUUUUUGAUUUGAAAGACAAAAACGAAAAAAGUGUCAGCUGCCUCAAACUCACCCUCAAAUACGACCCCAGGAUCACCGGCUGGAGAGGCGAGGGCGCUCCUCCCGUACACCCGAAAGGGGGAAAGAGCCGCGGCGCCGAGCCUGCGGGGGCCGCGCCGGGUCCAGGAGGGCUUGAAGAAGGGAACAGAAAGCGGUAG